AUGACAAAGGACUCCAAAAGGCAUCUAGUUGCAGAGGAAGGCUGGGCUACUGCUCAGGAAGAGCUGAUGAAAGAGAGAGCUCUUUGCCUGGAUGUGGCCUCUUGCAACAAGGAUUUGUCCAUCAAGCUCCAACUUACUGAGGAGAAGCUGCUUAUACAGGAAGGCACGGCACAGGAUGCUAACAUCAAGCAGGAGAGCUUGCAACGCCAUCUGAAUGAGGCAGUGGGAUCUAGCAGGCCAGUCCAGCCACACAAGCGCACCCUUUCUAGCCUUGGAAGCGGCGCAUUGCGUGAGAAGGAUUUCAUUGAGCAGAUCAGAAAGCUCACUGCCCAGCUAGAUGAGGAACGCAGGCACUCUCAAAAGCGGAAGAUUGCUUGCACAACCUGA